CUCACCAUCUCCAGUAGUCACAACCAAAUACUCUCGAAAUCCACUUCUCCUCCUCCGCCUGCGCUACAUACCUGACAUUUUCCUACUACUCGUACACUCUACAUACUACUGCUGGACAGACACUUUAUCAGUCUAACUGGUCAUAUUCUACCAACCGUUACUCCUGGUGUAUUUUUUCGCUGCUGAGCUGGGCAACGUUCCAUUUACCACACUCCAUCCCGCCCCCCAAUCAAGUAUUGUACCAUCCUUGCUUGCUGGAUCAUCAGCGACGCGCCCGUUUGGUUAUCCAACCACCGUCUGUUCCACCGCUUCAGGCGCCAUAUAUUCAUCAACACUAGUGUCAGCCUUGGUUCAUGCCUGACUGAUUCAAAGCCAACAGUUCUCUCUCCCAAAUAUUCCCUCUUUGCUCAUGGACCUCGAUUUCUUCCUACUUUCAUGAUCACGCCUAGACUCUACACCGAACAAUCCUCGAGUCGCUGUCUAUUGAGUGGUGUCACCUGCGCCGGGCUUUGCGUUAUUACCACACCCCUCUUCACCAGCGCAUAUACUCGGUGUCAUCUUGCCUUUGUUAAUUGCUGAAACCCCCGCUCCGCCUCGUUCUCCCAACCUUCCUCCGGCCGAUCACAUCCGAAAACCAAGACCACACGCGAACCGCGAAGUGUACUAGGGGUCCAACAUUUACACGGAUGAUCAGAAAGAGACACAUCACGGCCCUGGCGGUUCGUCGCUGCCCUCCACCAUCAUGAACCCACAACAGUUUCAGAACAUGGCUGCGAUGGGGAGGGGCAUGCCAAACAAUAUGCAGCAGAUGGCUAUGCAGAUGGGCGGUCAGAUGGCACCUCAGAUGGGAGCGCAGAUGGGCGGGCAAAUGGGAGGCCAGAUGCGAGGCCAAAUGCCCGGAGGGAUGCCUCAACGCGCAGGAGGACAGAUGACUCUCAAUCAUCCCUCCGUCCAGCAACAUAUUUUCGACUUUCUCAAUUCGCAGGGCCCCUAUACCGGCUGGCAGGCCAACGUCAGUGUAAGAGAACGUGCUGGUCAGGUCAAACUGCUUGUCGACUCGCUCCGUCUGGUCCAGCCGCCGGUCGACUUGCACCGUGCUAUCGAGGUUGCCCUGCAAUUCGAGAGAAAUUGUUUCACUCAAGGUGCCAGCCGAGAAGAUUACGUACGAGCAUGCAGCGACAAAUUGGGCCGGAUUCGCGACAGGCGUGCUCAACAGAUGAAUCAAGGUGGCACGGGAGUCAUGCAAGGCAUGCAGAUGCCAAUGCAACAGAACAUGCAAAUGCCCAACCAAAACUUCGCUCAAAUGCAGCAGAUGCAGAAUAUGAACCCUAAUAUGGGCAUACCGCCCCAUCUGUUGCAGCAGCAAAUGCAAGGGUCACCAAUGAUGAACCAGCAGCAACAACCCGUCAAACCAGCGCAAAUGAACCAGCCUCAGCCCGGGAUGCAAAUGAACAUGCAAGCGAACAAUCAACAGAAGCAAGGCCAAGUCGCUGAGCUGACUGCCGAUGACAACAAGGCCAUCAACCUCCGUGCGGCCGAACUUGCAAAGAGCACUCCCAAAGAGGAAAUGAGGAGUAUCGUCGAAAAGAUGAACCCUCAGCUCAGGCAAAGUCUCAGUCAAAAGGCUGUUGAUCCUAUUAUUUAUUACUUUCGAAUGCUUGCGACGAAGGAGUUUCGCCGAGCCAAGCAGUUGGAGACUGGAAUUGCUCCCGGUCAGAUGAACAAUAACGGUAACAUGAUGAAUCAACAACAAGGUCAGCCCAAACAGAUGAAUCAAGUGAUCAACGGCGGUGGGAAUAUGAUGGGGGACAUGGGCAGAUUUCAAGGUCAACAAGCAGAGGGCUUGCGCUCCCAAGGUGAAGGGGAGUUGGUGGUCCCUGCUAGCAAUGCUCAAGCAAUGAUUCCCGAACAAAUGCGGCUUCAGCAACAGAUGAUGGCUAAUCAGCAACGUGCGGGCCAACAAGGCCAGGGAAACAUCAAUCCGGCCUUCAUUGCUCAGCAACAGCGUCUGCAAGCCGCUCAAGCAACAAAGAUGCAGCAAGCUCAGCUACAAGCCCAAAACCAGGCCCAGGCCCAGGCCCAGGCUCGUGCCCAGGCUGCAGCAGCUCAGGCCCAAAUGGCAAACCAGCGACAGAACAUGCCUCAAUCCAACACCCCAUUGUCCGCGAUCAAUCGCCCAGUUGGUCCCAAUGUGUCGGGGUCGAGUCCGGCGCAACCAGUCUCCCGGCCAGCUUCUGGUACACCGAUGAUGAAUCAACAACAGAUGCAGAUGAAUAAUGGCAUGCAACAGCAAGGCCAGCAGCAACAGAUGGAGCAGCACAAGCGAGAGCAAGCACUCGCAAAUUUUCCAGCUCCGUUGCAAGCAAUUCUGCGACAAAAGCCGCAGAGUGAAUGGAAGAACAUUCUAACACAGUUCCAGAACAGUGGCAACAUGAGAAGGAGUCUGUCUCAGCAGCCCCAAGGAAUGCAAAACCAGCAGCAACAACAACAGCAACAGCCUUCUCAAGUCCAGCAAAUGCAAAACGGUGCUUUUCUCGGCGGCGGCAACGUUGGAGGGGCCCAGAUGAUGCAGUCUCUAUCGCAAGGAGCCAUGUCGCAACCCGGGGACAUGAAUGCAAUGCAAUCACAGAUGCAGCAGAAUCAAGAGAUGAUGAGGCAACGCCAAAUGGCUAUGCAGCAACAGAAGCAGCAACAGCAGCAACCUCAAAAUCAAGGCCAGCAGCAAGGCCCCAGACAGCAGUUGAACUCGCAACAAAUGAAAGUCAUGGACCAACAGCCUGUGCCGCCGGCUGUCUUCAACAAUAUCAGACAGCAUGCAGCAGUGCCCGAAAUGAGGACGUGGUAUCAGCUAAAACAAUGGCUGAUUCAAAAUCCAGUCCCGAAUUGGCCAGUCUCUCAUGUACUUGACAUCCAAGCCUCUCAUUUUGCUCAUAUCAUGAGAACUCGCAGUCAGCAGCAGCAACAGCAGCAACAGCAGCAGCAGCAGCAGAACAACGGCAUGCCUCAAGCGCAGCAAAUGCAACAAGUCCAGCAAAUGCAGCAGGGUCAGGUACAAGGAACUCCUACGCAACCUCCCAUGGGUUCUGGGCUUCCGCGAUUUCCAAAUCACAUCGAUCUGCAAAAAGUUCGAGCAGCAAACCCACAAUUAGCGAACAGAAGUGACGAGCAGAUCCGUGCUCUGAUUAUGCAGCGGCAACGUCAACAACAAGGUCAGAAGCAAGUAGCCCAGCAAGGUGGUGCGCAGGGUAUGUCUCAGCCAAUGCAAUUCUCGACAUCCCAGCAAGGACAACAGUUCCCCAUGCAGCCGCCACAAAAUCAGCAAAGUCAAGCACAAGCUCGUCCGCCAUCUGGCCAAGCAGGAUCACAGCCUCGGCCGUCGCCGUCACAGACCGAUAACAAAGCCAUCAAGCGUCCCAGUGAUGACGAUGUAGUUGAGAUACAAAAUCAGACCUUUGGCAAACCACCACAACUGCAGACUGAGAACAAGUUUCCGCACUUAUCAAAAGAGCAAUAUAAUCAACUCGAUCCAGCAAAGAAGCACCAGUACUUGAAUUUGCAACGAGAGCAACAAUUGCGGAAGAGACUAUACGAAAUCAUGAAAGAGGUUCAAUCGAGCAUGCCUAAACUGCGGCCGAUCCCAAAUAUGGACCCGGCGAGCAAAGAGCGACUGACGAGGAUGUUGACUUCGGACAAUGUCAAGAACAUGGUUGGCAGAUUUGACGCUUUUCUUGUGGCUUGCUAUCGCAUGGAUCAGAACGAGGCCACUCUCAAGCAGCUUACCGCACAGAAGAUUCAGCUGAUGUCACAGUACAAGCCAGAUGCAUACCAAAGAAAAUCAUUCGAGGUUGUAGACAAUUUCAGCAUUACUCCUGAGACAGCAGAAGCCAUCAUCAACAAUAUCAUGGCAAAGUUCCAGCAAACUGUUGCAACGAUCCCUCAGAAUAAAGCACGAGCACAACCAGCCCAGCUCACUCCCGAAAAUCUCAACCUCUUGCAAGCGCAGGAAGCUGAACGAAAGAAGGCACUCAAAGCUAACCAGGCUCCGCCCGCCCCGACGUCGUCUCAACCUCCCUUCCAGAUCGGCGACAAGGGUCAAGGUGCCCCUGCUUGGUAUGGUACUCCGGGAUUGAAACAGGAGGACUUGAAGCUGCCAGCGGAGCCCAAGAGGCGGAAGAAGAACCAGCCACAAGCUACAGGUAGUACGCCACCAAUUGUGACUUCACCUCAACAGAUGAAAACACCGAAAGCAACGCAGAUUUUCAGGUGUCCCGUGCAGGGCUGUGAACACAAACUCAAAGGCUUUGCUACCCAGGCCGAACUCGACCAACACCACAACGUGACUCACAGGCUGGACAUGGAACCUGUCACCGACCCUCUCGCAUUCCUCAAAGAUUCGUUGCGUUCGGCGCUGAACCUGGAUGAAAAUAUGAAACAGAUCAAGAAGCCCAAGACCGAGUCGAAAACUGCCACUAUCAAGGGCGAAAGCGCCGCUGGUAAUUCCGCGGCUAAGACUUCUCUUAGUGAAACUGACGACGACCCAUGGAAACAUACCAACAUCACACUGGAUCAGAUGCGCAUCGCCUUUGGCGGAGAUGAAUGGGAAGAAUUGUUUCCUACACAGGAAAAGAUUCAGGAAUCCGAAGCCAAGUUCUACGAGGCUUAUCGAAAUACAAGCGAACGAUGGCGGAAGAUCAACGAAGGUCCAAACGGCGCGUUGACAGAUACAUCGACCGAUAAGUCCAAGAGCCCCGAGACGAGCGAUAAGGAGCUACCAGCUGUGAAGAGCAGGAAUGCAGAGCCUGAGAAGAAGGAGGAGGACCCCUGGGUCGUCAGCCUCGAGGGCAUCGAGGGUCUGGACCUCAGUAGCCUUGAUGAUAUGUCUCCAUUUGAAAACAUAGGUGAGUAUGAUGGUGGCGGUAUGGGGGUUUCGCCCUUUGAACACGUCGAGAAACCAUUGUCGGCCGAACAACAAUUUUUGAAGAUGCACGGUAUCGACAUGGACCAUCCGGAGAACUGGAGUCAACAACAAAGAGAGUUGGCCGAAUUUGCAAUGACAUGAUAUGAAUGACACUUGAGGUAAUUUGGGGGGGUUUUCUGCUGAUUGGGGAAGUUUGCGUUGCAUGGCUUGUGUCUUUUUUUGGGUCGAUCAAGGGAUUUGUAUAGUGAAACAAGGCAGAGGAGAGGCAAUUUUGUGAUGAAGAAAUUUCGUUUUGAGCAUGGUGUCUGUUGGGACAUUUUGCUUCUUUUUUCCCCCCUGGCCUAGUCAUGCAUCAAUUGUGAAUGACAUUGGAAUACCCAAUUCAAAGGGAGCUUUUCUUGUUCACUACUUGUUAAAUAACAUUGGGUGAAGGGGGGGCGUUUGUUUAUCAGUGUUCUUGUGAAAGCAAGCAAGCAAGCAAACAGACAAAACACGACACGAAUGAUGAUAGGGAGGGUUUGUGUUGCAACGUUUCUCAGGCGGGCCAAGUUCUUUUUCGACUUUUGGAAUUCCCAAAAAAGGUGUCGGAGUUGAUGACAAUGAUAUCCUAUUGACCUUGAGGUGUGUUUUAUUUUUCCCCCUUCUUUUUGGCCUUUUUUCCGCCGAAAUUCAAUUAUACUUGAGGUAGCCAAGGUAGAAGUAGCCUACUCCCCCGUAAAGUGA